AUGCGCGCGAAAACGCCCGAUACCGUAUCGGAGGCCGACGCCAUCGUCUCCAAGCACCCAGAGCUACUACAGCAGCAGGUCAUCCCAAAGGAGCUGGAGCAGAUCUCCGAAGCCGGAACGGGAUUGAAGACAAUGCAAUCAGAGCCAGAUUUAGAGGUCUGUAGGCAUCGGGGCAUCGAACGAGGCACCUUAGACCCAAAUUAUUUUCUAUUGAUUUCUGUUAAUGUC